UAUAAUCAACUAGAGAACAAGCUUCCUUUAAAUCAAUGGUAAUUAAACUACACGAUUGAUAAGGUGAACCAAAGGGCUCCAUCAUUAUGGAUGUGUUGAAGGAGGGCAAUUGAAGUUAAUUUCGAAAAGAAGUCAUUUACAAAAUGUUCAAUGCCAUCACGAAUAAAACCACCACAACACAACAAGUAUUGCCAGAGGAAGGACUUUGAAGUAAUCAAGUGGAGAUUUUUGCCAAUGUUAAAAUUGAGAAUGGUUGCCUUCCAUACUAGUGGCGCUAGGAUUUUUUUUAACUCAACUUCAAUAAGUUAUCCAAAUUUGAAUUUGUGAAAAACUCAUUAACUAAUUAAUCAAAUUAGCCAAAAAGAAAUAAGUUGAAGGAAGGACUGUGCUUUGAAGAUGGAUGUAACAAGCAUGUCACAAGCUCUGCAACUUCACGCACAAGUCAUAAAAUUGAGAACCCAAAACCAACGAAACCUAUCCAACCUCUUCACCUUCGCCGCUCUCUCACCCUCCGGCGACCUCAACUACGCACGUCUUCUUCUCAACUCAAACCCAUCUCUCAACUCUUACUACUACAACACCAUCAUUCGUGCUUAUUCUCACACCUCUAAUCCCACUCAUCAUUUCCAAGCUCUUUCUCUCUUCCUCUUCAUGCUUCAACCACCCAAUAACAACCACUACGUACCAACACCCGAUAAUUUUACAUAUCCCUUUGUUCUCAAAUGCUGUGCCCGAUUGAAACUUACCCAACAAGGUAAACAGCUUCACGGUUUAAUUGUUAAGUUGGGUUUUGGUUCUGAUAUCUAUAUACAAAACGCGCUUAUUCAUAUGUACUGUGAAAUUGAUGAAUUGGGUGUUGCACGUAUACUGUUUGAUAAAAUGUCUGAUAGAGAUGUGGUUUCUUGGACGUCUUUGAUUGAUGGGCUUGUUAAUCAUGAUCUAUCUAUUGAGGCAAUUGGGUUGUUUGAGAGAAUGUUGGAAGCUGGAAUUGAAGUGAAUGAUGUUGCGGUGAUUUCUGUUUUGAGAGGUUGUGCGGAUUCAGGAGCGUUGAGUGUGGGGAGGAAAGUGCAUGGGAUUGUGAAGGAGAAGGGGAUUGGUUCUAAGGCUAAUGUAUGCACUGCACUUAUUGAUAUGUAUUCCAAAUGUGGGUGUGUAGAGAGUGCUAGGAAGGUGUUUGAUGAGGUUGUGGAUAGAGAUGUUUUUGUUUGGACUGCAAUGAUUUCUGGCCUCGCUUGCCAUGGGCUGUGCAAAGAAGCUAUUGACUUGUUUGUUGAAAUGGAAAUGUUUAAUAUAAAACCUGAUGAGCUGACAAUUACAGCUAUUUUAUCGGCAUGUAGGAAUGCAGGCUUGGUUCGUGAAGGUUACAUGUUUUUUGGCGAUGUCCAAAAGCGUUACGGUAUGAAACCCACAAUUCAACAUUUUGGUUGCUUGGUGGACCUCCUUGCAAGAGGAGGGUGUUUGGAGGAAGCUGAAGAUUUCAUUAAUGCAAUGCCAAUGAAACCUGAUGCAAUCCUUUGGAGGACCCUGAUAUGGGCCUGCAAAGUUCAUGCAGAUACCAAAAGAGCUGAGCGUUUGAUGAAACACCUUGAGCUGCAAGGUAUGAGUGCACAUGAUAGUGGAAGUUACAUACUCGUUAGUAAUGUUUAUGCGUCGACAGGGAAAUGGUGUGACAAGGCAGAGGUUAGAGAGUUGAUGAAUAAAAAGGGUCUGGUAAAGCCGCCAGGGUUUAGUAGGAUUGAAAUUGAUGGUGUUGUGCAUGAAUUUGUGAUGGGGGAUUAUUAUCACCCGGAAGCAGAAAAAAUAUUUGUCAAAUUGGAUCAGAUGGUAGAUAAACUGAAAAAAGAAGGAUAUAAUCCAAAAGUAUCAGAGGUAAUGCUCGAGAUGGAUGACGAGGAGAAAGCCAUUCAAUUGCUUCACCAUAGUGAGAAGCUAGCUCUUGCUUAUGGACUGAUCAGGACAUGUCCUGGAUCCAAAAUCAGGAUUGUAAAGAACCUAAGGUCUUGCGAGGACUGUCACGAAUUCAUGAAACUAAUCUCUAAAGUAUACCAAAGAGACAUAAUAGUAAGAGAUAGAAUACGUUUCCAUCAUUUCAUAAACGGGGAUUGCUCUUGUAAGGAUUAUUGGUAGCAUGAGAAUUGUCCUUUGAUUGAAUUUUGCAAUGUGUAAAAGGAAAAGUUGUUGAGAAAUACUACCCAUGUACAGUCAUAUGAACUAUUAGCUUUGAUGCCUAAUAUGGCCAUUGAGGCAAAAUGCUAAUGCCAAGCAAUUUUUUCUGCUUGCAUGGACAUGAUUACCAAUUUUAAAUGUAAAUCAUGAACGAUGGCCUGUUUCUGAUAAAUAUCAAUAGAUGGGAUAUACUUUGAUCCAUGAUCCAUGACAAAUGUGCAUAUUCAGAGUACUUGAUACAUAAUUCAGUUUCUAUUUGGUUAAGAUAUGGCUUUAUAGGAGACCUGGAGAGGGAGAACAGCAUUGAUGCUUUGGAUGUCCUUUGGUCCGAUACUGUUAGCGAAUUGCAGGUAUGUUGCAAGGACAUAUACAUGUCUUUUCACUGCAAAGUACUUACCUAAGUUACCUUAUGUAUGUUACAUUCUGUUGUUUAGUUAAAGAUAUUUAUACAUGAUAAUGGAUUAAGUUGUGUUAUUGAAUUUACAUUUUAAUAUUGCUAUUUUGAAAGUUUGAUUUUUUAGUGACUUUUGUUUAUGACCUGAAGGGGGGCAAACCCCCAACAGAGAAAACAAGAAUAGAAAAUCAGAAAUCUCUUGUUGGGAAAAAAAUCCCAGUAAAGUAAGCCCGUCCGCACUUGAAACUAGGCACAACAUGAAAAGAACUAACACUGACUCCACUGUUCAGCCCAAACUUAGUAAGCCCGUCCGCAACUUGGUUUGCUUCCCUGUAUUUGAAAACCAUUCAGCAACAUCAGCAAGUCUAUAAUUUUACGGACCAGAUUAAAACUAGGGUGGGAUUGAGUGCAUCCUUUGGUGAGGUAGUUCACUGCAAUUAAGGAAUCGGACUCAAUCCAAAGUGACUGUAGCCAUUUUCAAGGGGCAUCUUCACCCCUACAAGAAUACCCCAUAGUUCAGCAUUAGUGAUGGAACAAGGUUCUAUAUAAGAAAGAGAAACCUCAAACCUGCCACCAAACCACCCGUAUCAUUCCGAAGGACAUCCCCACAAGCAGCACGGCCUCCUCAAUUACAAAUGGACCAAUCACAAUUUUAUUUUUGCCAGCCAAGGGGGGAGGAGUCCACACAAUUUGACUAGGAAUAUUACCUGAAUUCGUGUUGUUAUUCACUAGUUUAAAAUUGUUGCUGCCUAGCUGAGUUGCUUCUGCCAUACCCAAAAUCUUUGAAGUUAUCUCUUUACUACACGCAGUAGCCCCUUGGAAAAUUCUUUCAUUCCUACACUGCCACAGCUUUAAGAUACCAAAGAGAACAUUCCAUUUAUGAUCAUGCCGAAUUUGAGGACUAGACAAAUUCUUAGUAAUUCACUCUUCCCAUUAAACGCAUAAAAAUCAGGCCAAGGUCUUCCAUCGAACAAAAUGGCCCAAGUCUCUCUAACUAUCUGACAAUCACGAAACACAUGCAUACCAUUUUCUUCACUGAUGUUGUAUGCAGAACACAAAUUUGAAUUUGUCACACUCCUUCGCAUCCUCAUUGAGUUUGUUAAGAAAGCACUGUGAGCCAAUCUCCACAAAAGCCCUUUACCAGAGCAGACUGGAUUUUUGAAUGACUCGGGUAACAUAGUUGGAGAGUUACAUUAUUGGUGAACUGAACUUAUACUUUUUGAUAAUUAUUGUACUCUUUUUCCUGUGGUGACGAUUCAUGUCGGGAUAAGAAUAAGAAUACAAAGUAGCAUGAGGCGUAUGGCAACUUCUUCUUCGGGGGAAAUGUCGGAAGAUUAAAUUGAGCUAACCAGUUCUGAUUCCGGUUCAGUUUUAGUCAAUGGUGAAUCUAUCAAACCUUGUUCAACAACAUUGAUCUUCCAUUUAUCUCUUGAUAGUAGCAUCCUAGAACGUCUUUUAAAUGUAUUGAUAAUUUUUUUAAUAAAAAUUGACACAACAAAAUUAUAAUA